AUGAACAUAGACGACAGGCUGGUGUGUCUGAUGAAAACGAAGAAGGAGGAUGUGAAUACGAAACAGUACAACCUGUUAGGAUGGAAUGUGGAUACGCUACGUUGCGUCGUCUGUCAACAGUAAGUGGAAUCAUCUCUCGUUUGAUUUCAGACUUUUCUUUUUCUCACAGAGGAAUCGAAGAGUUUAUGAAAUCUCUUUGUCCCCUUAGUGCUAGGAAAUUUCUAGCUGUUGACCACCCCAGGACUGCCUGUGAUACUGCUCUGACAUAUGAGAACAAACACGUCCGUAUCGCCGGCAGCAAGGAACAUGGCAGGUCUUUCCCCCUGGCACGUUUGUGAAGUUGAACUCUAGUCAACUUCGCAGGACACCGGAGAAUGGAUUGGCCUCUUACCGGCGACUUCUGUUCUCAACCCAGGCAGUAACGGCGGUUAAGUAGCAGGUAGCUCCUGUGUUGAAAACCAUCAAACGAAGUUGAUGUGCUGCGUGGGUGUCCGGGUGGGGGGGGGGGAGGUUGUUUUCUUUUCGAAUAAGUUUAGCCGUCCUGUGCGGAUGGAAAUCUGGGCUGCGUUCUUGGUAGCGUCAAUCCCGAUUAUUGAAAUCAUCAUUAUCAUUUUAAGCAUUAAUAAUGCUUUAGCAUUCAAUCUAUCAACACUCGAUUUCAAUGUUACUUUUUCAGAAACCAGGAGAAGGCUUCUACACCUCUGUUACAGCAUGCGACAGGGGAGCCUGCAGUGACUCACCCAUAUAUGUCAAUCAAGUGCCUUCUUCUCAAUACACGUCGAAUGGGUGAUAGUCUGGCACUUAAAAUCCGGCCUGUUUAG